AUGGCGGGCAGACAAAUUUGCCUUAAGGCGGGCGAGGGGAUGGUGGUGGGCGUGGUGGAUUCGGGCAUCUGGCCCGAGCACCCCUCCUUCACUGAUGCCGCCUUCCCUCCUCGUGCCCCGCUGGCUGGUCGGGCAACUUGUUACCUGCUUAUGAGACGUUUAUUCCCCAUCUAUCCUCUACUGUGCAGUGCAGCAGCGGGCAACAGGGACGUGGCCAUGGCGGGCGGCAGGGCGAGUGGCAUGGCGCCAGCAGCGCGCAUGGCGGUGUACAAGGUGCUGUGGUACGCGGAGGGCUCCUUCUUCGGCGUGCAGGCGGACGUGGAGGCGGCAGUCAACCAGGCCGUGGCGGACGGCGUGGAUGUCAUCUCGCUCUCGCUGGGCGGCAUGGAUGCCACCGACACCUACUUCCACCACAUGCCGUACCUCGCUGCUAGCCUCGCGGGGGUGCUUGUUGCGUUCGCAGCGGGCAACGGUGACGCGCCGGGCUAUGACCCAAGCGGUUACCGCAUGAUUGAGAACUUCUACCCGUUCUACCUCACAGUGGGGGCAAGCACCAUUGGGCGAGGCGGUAUAACCCUGAAGGCUGCUGCACUGGCAGGUGCAGCUCGCAGCAACACAUCAUCUGUCUCAACCACCCCUGCAGCUACAGCCUACCCGUCCGUUGCCGAUUUCUCCUCCACCCGGACCCCUCAGGGACCCUUCCACUAA